CCCCGCGGACUUCUCAGAGACCCGCCGCCGCCCGCGACUUUGGCACUGCAGCCAUCGCUCUUAUCCCUUUCCCGUCCUCUCCUUCUCCGUCGCCGUUCCACAGCCGCAGCACCAUCGAUAACAGCUAAGUGGUCAAUUCGGGAGACUUAGGGUUGGGAGUCGGGGCGGGCGCAAGGCGCGGGCAGCACACGCAAGCCCGCCAUCUCCUGCGGCAACUGCCACUGCUGCAGAUACCUCUGCCGGGCGGGAGAGAAUACUGUCAAGAGGCCCCCGCUGUCCUAGUGCCCACGGUCAGAGUUAGAGCGUUUCUGCCGAGCCUUGGUGAGAGCCUUGCCUUUGGGGAAGGGAGAAGGAGAACGGACAGGACAGGAUCUUUCUGUUUUCGGAGAUCACGAGAAAAGAUCUCAUACUGGAUAGUGCUGACUUUUUGUCAACUUAAUCUAGUAAGUGGUAGCGUUGCUGAGCCUCCUUAAACCCCGAGCCAUGUCGCCCCCAACAGUGCCUCCGAUGGGCGUAGAUGGUGUGUCCGCAUACCUGAUGAAGAAAAGGCACACCCACAGGAAACAGCGGCGCAAGCCCACUUUCCUCACCCGUAGGAACAUUGUGGGCUGUCGCAUUCAACACGGCUGGAAGGAAGGCAACGAGCCUGUGGAGCAGUGGAAGGGCACCGUGCUUGAGCAGGUUUCCGUGAAGCCCACUCUCUAUAUCAUCAAAUAUGAUGGCAAAGAUAGUGUGUAUGGACUAGAACUGCACCGAGAUAAGAGAGUUUUAGCGCUAGAGAUCCUUCCUGAGAGAGUGCCAACUCCUCGCAUUGAUUCGCGCCUGGCAGAUUCCCUGAUUGGCAAGGCAGUGGGUCAUGUGUUUGAGGGUGAGCACGGUACGAAAGAUGAAUGGAAGGGCAUGGUCCUGGCGCGAGCCCCCGUGAUGGACACUUGGUUUUACAUCACCUACGAGAAAGAUCCAGUCCUUUAUAUGUACACGCUGCUGGAUGACUACAAAGCUGGUGACCUGCGCAUCAUUCCAGAUUCCAACUACUAUUUCCCUACAGCAGAACGGGAGCCUGGAGAAGUUGUCGACAGCCUUGUGGGCAAGCAGGUGGAGCACGCCAAAGAUGAUGGGUCCAAGAGAACCGGCAUUUUCAUCCAUCAAGUGGUGGCCAAGCCAUCUGUCUACUUCAUUAAGUUUGAUGAUGAUAUUCACAUUUAUGUCUAUGGUUUGGUGAAAACCCCCUAAAUUCAUUGUGCUGUUGCAAAAGUUGUGGAACUGUUAAAUGUAAAAUAUGUCGUGUGAAAUUUUGAGAACAUUUUUGAAGUCAGAGAUUAAAGAAUUUAUUAUUACUUAUGGUGCCUCCAAAUCUUACAUUGACUAG